AUGCCAGCCAAAUAUUCGCAUGUUAAGAAACGGUCUGCGUCUGGUCUAUUGAAGAAGGAGAAAAACAGUCCGAAUGGCCAUCAUAUUAUCAAGGAUACCCACCAUUCCCGCACGCCAAACCCUCAUACCGACCGUGCCAUCACGCAAGCGAUGUCGGCGGUUUCUCAACUUGAACGAGCCAUUGCACGCAUCCUUCUCAUUAGAUACGAACAGGAUAUUGCUCGGCUUUUUUCGACGCGCCUUUACAGUAUUGCUCUGGUCCAUCUCCCGACUCUUGUGAUGCGAUGUGUCACCCUCGGCGGACCUGGGUGGUUGGCCUUCAAUCAUGAUUCAGAAGACAUCAAGGACUUUUUCCGGGCAGCGAUAAGUAUGGACAUGCGUCAAGCAGGGGAAAGGGUAGCGACUAAAAGCGUCUUGUGGUCAUAUACGGCUUUGCGCCAUUUCGCCCUUUCCAACAAUGUUUCCGUCUGCAGCAAAUUAGGACUACAUUCCCUUCGUCUGCUUCCCUAUUACCCUGCCUUGAAGGCACACCUUGACGCCCUUGAAGCCAUGCCACCCAGUACAUUUACAAAACCACCGCAUCUAGGCUCUCUCCAAGAGGGACAGAGCGCUCUGGAAGACGCCUGUGAACUUAAAUUUGGCUGGGUCAACAAACUUGCGCCCGGUAAUACCGAAUGGGAAGGAGAUUGGAAACCCAAAAUACAAUAUGGGUACGAGAAGCUUUCCCAGACAUUAUGGCGUGUAGCUCGCGAGUUUGACGUUCGUGGAUACGGGAACAUUUUGCGCGAGAAGUUGACCACCAAAUGGUGCGAUUGUGGUUGCUCGACAGAUCAUCUUGGGGAAGUUUGCGAACGCACGGUGAGAGAGGACGAGGAAGAGAGCGGUGUGAGGCUUGGAAAGCAAAGAGAAUGGGAUGGACGAGGAAGUGGCAUUUAUGGAUGGGAGACCGAGGAAGAAGAAGAUAUCUGGGAGAUUGACUUGGAUUUUGGAGGUCUCGAUCCGGAAGAAUGCGCUGGAGGAGUCGAUGCGGAAAUGACUAUCGGUGAGAUGAUGGAAUGGCGAUAUCUUCGUGCAGAGAAGGAGAAAGAGAAAGGAAAUGCUGCAUAUCGCAAAGGCGAUUAUGAAGAGGCUGUUAAAUGUUAUGAGACAGCACACGGAAUAGAGUCAGAAUUGCCUCAUUACCAGCUUAACCUGGCGGCUGCAUACCUUAAAUUGAACAACUGGAUGGAGGCAGAAAACGCUUGUACCAAGGCUUUGCAACAACAUCGAAGCGUCAAAGGUCUGUACCGACGUGCGAAGGCCAGGAUCAUGCUUGGGCGAUCCGAGGAGGCCAUCCCAGAUUUGCGCUCGGCCUUGAGAUUGCAACCCACUAAUGAGGACGCUGCUCGUGAAUUGAAAGCCCUCCUUUUCCCAUUAGGUGAAGGUGACCAGGGUACCUCAAAUUCUCAUCCUCCCUCCAUGGACGACUCGAAUCCAUCCUCUUCCAAGCAGCCCUCUUCCUUUCCAAAAGCAAAGAUAACUGAGGAUCUACGGCGACUGGGUGUUCCAGAACCAAAAUCCACGAAACAACCGCCUUUUCCCAGGACGAAGGCGGAUGACCGAAAGCUCAAAAUCACACUGUUGUCGGGACAGACUGAAAACGGGACUGGCACCGGAAAACUUCGGAAAAUGGGGACGAGCAUUGCUGCAGACCUCAAUCGACCCCAAACCAGCCGACCAGGCAAAGAAAAGGCUGGCACUACGCGAUCCUGGAAAACGAAAGAAAUGGAUCGAAUGAGAGCGGAAUGCGUCACAUACCCGAGCUGGGACAGAUACCUGGUGAAGCGUGUUGACUGA